AUGCAAUCUCCACAAACAUAUAACUAUUUAGUUAAUGAUAAUCAAAAUUUUCGUGUAUAUCCACAACGAUUAUGGGUUUUAUUUAUUUUUGCUUUUCUUGCAUUCAAUCAAACCAUGUUUUGGUUAACUUUUUCACCUAUUGCUAGUUCUACAGAGAAAUUUUAUAAUAUAUCCGAAGCUACAGUUGAUCUUUUACUUAAUUGUGGUCCAAUUAUAUUCUUACCUACACUUCCUGUUGUCUAUCUGUUACUUAAUACUCAUCAUGGUCUUCGUAAAUGUGUACUUAUUUUUGCUAUUGUUCCUGUAAUAGCUACAUUAUUACGUCUCUUUCCAUUGAUAAUCACAUCAUCAACUAAUCGAAAUUUUCAUAAUAUAGCUCUUCCAUUUCUUUUUAUUGGUCAAAUUCUUAUUGCAACUACAGGUCCAAUAUCUAUGGCACUUGUAUCUCAACUUUCAUGUAUUUGGUUUGCUCCAUAUGAACGAACACGAGCAACAACUUUUGCUAUUCUUGGUGCAAUUUUAGGUGGUGCAGCUGCAUUUGUUAUUGAACCACGUCUUGUAAUGAAAGCUGAGCAUGUUCCUCGUUUAUUAUAUAUACAUACGGGACAAGCUUUGCUUGCAUGUAUUCUUACUCUUGUCUAUUUUCCUGCUGAACCACCUACUCCUCCAUCUGUUGCAGCUCAAAUAUUGAAUGCAAAUCGAUUAAUAAGAACACAAUUAAUUGAACGAUUAAAAAGAUUUGCACUUGAUAUUUUUCAUUGUUGUCGAAAUAUAUCUUGUGUUCUUAUGAUUCUAUCGGGUGCUGCCAUGGGCGGUACAUUUGCUGCAUGGAGUGGAUUAUUUGCUACUAUUCUUACACCAUUAGGGUAUACAGAAAUCGAAGCUGGUUGGUUUGGUUUUGGUCAAACAGUAGCUAGUAUUAUUGGUUCAUUGAUCAUGGGUUAUAUAGCUGAUCUUCCACGAUUUCAACGUUCAUUUAAACUACUUAUACUUAUUUCUCUUAGUUUCUGUUUUAUAUUUUGUUUACUCUUUCAACUAAGUGUUCGUACUAUUAUGUGGCCUAAUAAACCUAUAUUACCAUCAAGUUCCGCUUCGAUUGGAAUUCUAUUAUCUAUUACUGGUUUUUUCAAUGGUGCCGCAUCACCUCUUUUUUAUGAAAGUUUAGCUGAAAUCAUGCAUCCAUUACCGGAAUCUUUAACAACAUCGAUGCUUGUAUACUUUUUUAAUGUUGUAACACUUAGUUUUCUUGCAAUGGCUCCAAAUCGAUAUAAAUUAAUGAAUUUAUUAGUACUUUUAAUAAUUGGAAUUUGUAUUCUGAUGGUUGCAUGUAGUCGAAUUACAUAUAAACGUAAAGAUGAAGAAUUAAGAAAAAAACAAGAACAAGAAUAUGAAAAUACUCCAGAUGUAUCUGAUAUUUAG